AUGUUGUCCAACAUCAGUGCUGCCCCUUUUCUACUGACUGGCUUCCCAGGUCUGGAGAUAUUUCAUCCUUGGAUUUCCACCGCCUUCUUUGUUAUUUAUAUCUCCAUACUCCUUGGCAAUGGCGUCCUCCUCUUUCUUAUUAGAGAAGACCACACUCUUCAUGAGCCUAUGUACUACUUUCUGGCUAUAUUAGGAGCCACAGACCUUGGUGUGACUUUGACAACGAUGCCCACUGUACUUGGUGUUCUGUGGUUGGAUCACAGGGAGAUCAGCCAUGGAGCCUGCUAUUUCCAGGCUUAUCUAAUCCAUUCACUGUCAAUUGUGGAGUCUGGAGUCUUGCUUGUUAUGGCCUAUGAUCGUUUUAUUGCCAUCCGCAAUCCCCUAAGAUACACCUCCAUUCUCACCAAUGCUAAGGUAGUGAAGAUAGGUCUGGGGGUUCUAAUGAGAGGAUUUAUACUUAUUGUGCCCAUAAUCAUCACCCUCUCUGGAUUCCCCUACUGCAGAUCCCAUGUCCUCUCCCAUGCCUUCUGCUUGCACCAAGAUGUGAUCAAACUAGCUUGUGCUGAUAUUACCUUCAAUAGACUCUAUCCUAUAGCCCUGGUCUCAUUAACUGGCUUCUUGGACUUGAUACUUAUCCUCAUCUCUUAUAUCCUAAUCCUUAAGACUGUUAUGGGAAUUGCCUCAGGUAAGGAGCAGGCAAAGGCUCUAAAUACUUGUGUUUCCCAUAUUAGCUGUGUUCUGGUUUUUUAUAUCACUGUGACUGGGCUGACCCUCAUUCAUCGAUUUGGAAAAUAUGUGCCACAUGUAGUUCAUAUUAUCAUGAGCUAUGUCUACUUUCUCUUCCCACCAUUUAUGAAUCCAAUAAUCUAUAGUAUUAAAACCAAGCAGAUCCAGAUUGGUAUGAAUCGCCUUCUCUCUUUCCAUAGAACCUGA